AUGGUCUCACCUGCAGGUCCGGGUGAAGCUCAGCGUCCAGUGAUGCCUGGUACCACAGAAAAGGAGCAACUGGAACAGAGUGCUCCCACAAGCGUGAAUGUCUGUGAGCUCUGCAUCUGCAGUAUUGAGACCUUGUCCUGCGUUGGUCUCAGCCCAAAGGAGAGGCACUGCAGAGUGCCUGUGCCAGAGCCCGACAGCUACAAUGGCACCUUCACCGUCCUAGAUUUCCAAGGAAACUCUAUUUCUUACAUUGAUGAAAAUACAUGGAAGCCUUACUGCUGGACUGAGAAACUAAUUCUCAGAGAAAGUUCUUUGACUGAGUUACAUAAGGAAUCAUUUAAAGGCUUGCUAGCCCUCCGGCAUUUAGAUUUAUCCUUCAAUAAAAUACAGUUUUUUGAAAGUGGUACAUUUGAAUCGCUACCUUUUUUGGAGUUUGUAAAUCUAAGUUGCAACUUAAUCAUAGACCUGAGCUUUGGAACAUUCUGGGCCUGGAAUGGAAUGCAGUUUUUACACAACAAAAUUCUCAGUCAUAAUCCUUUGAUAACAGUUGAAGAUACUUAUCUUUUUAAAUUGCCAGCGUUAAGAUAUUUGGACCUGGGAAAAACACGUCUCACAACAAUUGAAAGAAUCCCCAUGAUGGCCCUUGAAUUGGAAAAACUGAUCUUACCUAGCCGUCGGACCUGCUGCCUCUGCCAAUUUAAAAAUACUAUUGAAGUUGUCUGCAAGACAGUCAAGCUGCGCUGUGACAGGGACUGCCUGGCAAGCACCACACGUUGUGAUGAAGAAGCAGCAGUAGGGGAUGCAGAAGGGUCAUUCAUGAAGGUUUUACAAGCCUGGAAGCAGAGCACCAGCGCCAAGCUGAUUAUUGAGCCAGAGAAGGCGUCCUUGGACACACGUGGUGUCAGCCUGCCAGCCUCCAUGUAUGAGCAGCCAGACUUUAAUGAUGAAAGUGACGUUGUCAGUGCAGCCAAAAGGAAUCACAACUUGGGAGGGAAAGAGUUACUCAGGAGAGUAUCUGCAAGCAGGCCUUCAUCCUCUGCAGUGAGGAGCCUCAUAAAUUCUCCUUCACGAGGAGCUAUUUCAACUUCAGGGGAACUGACUUCUCAGGAAAAUCCUUCUCCAGAAUUAUUUUCUCCUUCAGACCCUACUACGGGAAAGGUGGCGCCGGAAGGAGCUAUCUCUGAAGUCACUGUCCAUACAGAUGUUCCCAGCACAUAUUCUGUUACUGCAGGCAACUUUAUGCCAACUGUUCAACACGCCCACGAAACACAAUGGGAAUACCACAACGUGGGCACCGAAUUACCCUCUAAACCCACCGGCUUCAAUUUCCCAGGGCUUUCAUCCUUGGGUGAUCAGUUUGAAAUUCAGGUAACCCAGCAACUAUGGUCCUCCAUCCCCAAAGAUGACGUGAGAAGCCUCAUUUCCCAUGUGAUCCGGACUUUUAAAAUGGUCUGAUCUGAGACCUAUGUGAAGCUGGCCUGUGCCAAGCUCUUCUCCAGAACAGGCCUUCUGGUAAGUGUUAUAAAUGAACAGGAAGAAGACAGACAAUCCAGGGGAGGAGAGGGCAGGGGCUUGGUAGAGUAG